GGAAGGGAAGACUGAAGCCAGGAGAGGUGGGAGGCGCCCUCUCCUGCCUGUUUCUUUUUUCUUUUUUUUUUUAAAUUUUGUGGGGGUCAAGGACAUGUUAGGGCCUUUUUGUCUUAUCAGGGCCUAUCUAGACUCAUGCCUGUAAUCCAGGCUACUCAGGAGAGUGAGAUUUGAGGAUCUUGGUUCCAAACCAGUCCUGACAGAUGACUAAUCCACAAAUCUCUUAUCUCUAGUUAACCAACAAAAAGCUGGAAAUAGAUGCCUGGCUCAAGUGGUGGAACACCAGCCUUACUCGCUCUCCACAGCUGACUUAAUUUUCCUUCUUUAGCCAUGGGGCUGAUAUUAGGAAGGAGGCCACCUGGCUGGGGGCACAGCAUGGGCAGGCGGACAUAUAUAUGCACGUGUGUAUACACACACACACACACACACACACACACACACACACACACACGACGGCUUGCCCCUGUGUAUGGGAGGCCCAGUUGGCAGGCUAGACAGUGAGAAGAACUCUGCAGAGAGUGGAGCCAUCCAGGACAGGGAAAGGUUGCCCAGGAUGUGGUAGGCACCCUGCCAGCUGAGGGGGUCAUUGGCGUCACCACCUGUGCUGCCAGGUGCUGUGGUUUCAUGCUCCCGGGACCUGACGGUGCCCCGCCGCCCUGUAACAGUUGGACGGCCCAGUGUGGGCGUUGGCUGUUUCUUCCUCAGGAACACUGAACUUGAGAAGACGUGAGGCCCUCUGUGUGCGAGGGUGACAGGUUGAAACCCAACAAAAACCACAGCUUUUCCUCCUUUCCCCUCGUUCUUGUCCUAGGGGUGGAGACUGCGGUGCGGCCGGGCGGCGGGGCCAGCAGGUGACAGAGGGGAAUAGAGCAGAGCCAGCUCUGGAAGGGGAGAGAAAAGCAAGCAAAUGGAGCCUGGCAGAGGGUCCCCAGGAGACCCUUGCUAGCCAGACCUGGGCAACGCAGCCGCUUUGACUUGACUUUUUGAUUUCCAGCCUAGCGGGCAAGGAGCUGAGCGGUGAUGACAUGUGUCCCCAUCGAGGUGUGGCAGGUGACUGACCGGUGGUCAGCCUGGGCCGAGACACUGGACCUGCCCUACACGACUGGCAGAAAUGGGCGUCGGGCUGAUUCCUAGACGGUCGGUGGCAGCCAGGAGGAGAAGCUUCAGCUUCCGGAGCAGGGCAGAGACAGAGCAGCCACAGAGAGUGUGAACAGGCCCUCCUCCCCUUCGUGCCUGGCCCACCAUGGUCCAGAGGCCGUGGGUAAGCCGUCUGCUUCGGCAUCGGAAAGCCCAGCUCCUGCUGGUCAACCUGUUGACCUUCGGCCUGGAGGUGUGCCUGGCUGCUGGCAUCACUUAUGUGCCACCCCUGCUGCUGGAAGUGGGGGUCGAGGAGAAGUUCAUGACCAUGGUGCUGGGCAUCGGUCCGGUGCUGGGUUUGGUCUCUGUCCCACUCCUGGGCUCAGCCAGUGACCAGUGGCGCGGACGCUACGGCCGCCGUAGACCCUUCAUCUGGGCCCUGUCCCUGGGUGUCCUGCUGAGCCUCUUCCUCAUCCCAAGGGCUGGCCGGCUGGCAGGGCUGCUGUGCCCAGACACCAGGCCCCUGGAGUUGGCACUGCUGAUCCUGGGCGUGGGGCUGCUGGACUUCUGUGGGCAGGUGUGCUUCACGCCCCUGGAGGCGCUGCUCUCCGACCUCUUCCGAGACCCAGACCACUGUCGCCAGGCGUUCUCCGUCUAUGCCUUCAUGAUCAGCCUGGGGGGCUGUCUGGGCUACCUCCUGCCCGCCAUUGACUGGGACGCCAGCGCCCUGGCUCCCUACCUGGGCACCCAGGAGGAGUGUCUCUUUGGCUUGCUUACACUCAUCUUCCUCGCCUGCAUGGUGGCCACUUUGUUUGUGGCAGAGGAGGCUGUGCUGGGCCCACCGGAGCCUGCGGAAGGGCUGUCGGCCCCUUCGGCGUCACCCCGCUGCUGCCCGUGCCGUGCCCGCCUGGCCUUCCAGAACCUGGGGGCCCUGUUUCCCCGGCUGCACCAGCUCUGCUGCCGCAUGCCUCGCACGCUGCGCCGGCUCUUCAUGGCCGAACUGUGCAGCUGGAUGGCGCUCAUGACCUUCACCCUGUUUUACACGGACUUCGUGGGCGAGGGGCUGUACCAGGGGGUGCCCAGGGCCGAGCCCGGCACUGAAGCCCGGAGACACUAUGAUGAAGGCAUCCGCAUGGGCAGCCUGGGGCUCUUCCUGCAGUGCGCCAUCUCCUUGGUCUUCUCCCUGGUCAUGGACCGGCUGGUGCAGCGAUUCGGCACCCGGGCAGUCUACCUGGCCAGUGUGGUGGCCUUUCCUGUGGCUGCCGGCGCCACGUGCCUGUCCCGCAGCGUGGCUGUGGUGACGGCUUCAGCCGCCCUCACCGGCUUCACCUUCUCAGCCUUGCAGAUCCUGCCUUACACCCUGGCCUCCCUCUACCACCGAGAGAAGCAGGUGUUCCUGCCCAAAUACCGAGGGGACGCUGGAGGUGGCGGCAGCAGCGAGGACAGCCUGACCACCAGCUUCCUGCCGGGCCCCAAGUCAGGCGCUCCCUUCCCCAAUGGACUUGUGGGUGGCGGAGCCAGCGGCCUGCUGCCCUCUCCACCAGCGCUCUGCGGGGCCUCCGCCUGCGAGGUCUCCAUGCGCGUGGUGGUGGGGGAGCCGACCGAGGCCAGGGUGGUUCCUGGCCGAGGCAUCUGCCUGGACCUCGCCAUCCUGGACAGCGCCUUCCUGCUGUCCCAGGUGGCCCCGUCUCUGUUCAUGGGCUCCAUUGUCCAGCUCAGCCAAACGGUCACCGCCUACAUGGUGUCGGCGGCAGGCUUGGGUCUGGUCGCCAUUUACUUCGCUACACAGGUAGUGUUUGACAAGAGUGACUUGGCCAAAUACUCGGUGUAGAAUGUCGGGACAUUCUGAGCGGAGGUCCUGCUUGCCUGGGUCUCCACCCCAGGACGGGCUGGCCUGCCUUUCCAAUACUGCCAAAGUGGUGCGGCUCUCUGUCGCCACCCUGUGGCGGUGAGGCGCACAGCUGCACAGAUGGGGACUGGGGCUUCCCUCUCCCCACUUCCUGUGGUCUCUAUGGCUGGCUGAGGAAGGAGCCGCUUCCCAAGUGGAUUUCAGUCUGGUCUUCUGCAGAGAGGCCAGCAAGGCAGGGCAUUUGAUUAGCUCCAUGCACUGGAACGCAGGUCUCUGCGGGUGGACUGCCCAGGGUUCAGGGCUAAUAUGAACAGCUAGCUCCUGGGUUGAGACAUGCCUAGAGAAGGAAUUGGGGGGGGGGGGUGCUGAAUAAACUUCCCCACCUCCAAGCCCACUUUUCCUGCAGAUUCCCCCGCUGUUGCCCUUGCAACAGGAUUUGACAGGAGGAAAGUUAAUUGGAAGAAAGAGUCCUACGGGCAAGGUGAACCUCCCUCGCACCGCCUUUCUUCGGGUUCUCUGACACCCUGCCUUUUUAUCAGGACAUGGCUGGUUGGUCUUUGAGUUGCCAUCAUGAAGACACGGGCCUUUAAAUAUUUAAUUUAUUUAUUUAACAAAGCAGAAGAAACUCCAUUCCCAGCUCUUCUGGGUU